AUAAGACAUAAACAACCCCUGCUCUUUUUUUUAAACUAGAGGAUCCCACAACACCGCCAAUUGUCCCGCUGCCGGCUCGAUCUUGCAGUCUUGAUAUUUUUAAAUAAAUCGUCGAUUUUCCGCAUCUGGUUCCACAGAUCGGCCGAUGACUUCUUUAGGUCGCUGCCAAUAUGAUAUGGCCUUUCACUUCUGCCUCCGGGAAAGGCGACAAGAGUGAAAAUGAUUCCUCAAGACAGCCCGUACCUUGGUCUGACAGUUUGAAUGGUACCGACUGGCAACAUUACAAGGACCCUAGAAAUUGGGUACCAACCUUACUCGUGACGACUACCGUUCUCGCGUCUUUGAAGAUAUACCGUUCCUACCUCCGUCGUAUACCUGGAGCUAUUCAUGUUCAACCGAGUUUCUUUAGGAAGAGAAGCAUUUUUGGUCGGGUCACGAGCGUCGGAGAUGGAGAUAACUUUCAUUUGUACCACACACCCGGCGGUCGCCUGGCUGGGUGGGGUUGGCUGCGAAGAGUACCAACCAAGAAACCCGCCUUGAAGAACAGAACAAUUCCUAUACGUAUUGCUGGUAUUGACGCACCAGAAGGCGCUCAUUUUGGUAGACCUGCCCAACCAUUCUCGACCGAUGCCCUCGCGUGGUUAUCUAGUUAUAUACUCGGACGAAGAGUGCGAGCCAAGAUUUAUAAACGGGACCAGUACGAUCGUAUCGUCGCUACUGUGUUUGUGAGACGGUUUUUCAUACGUCGAGACGUUGGUUUAGAGAUGUUAAAGAGGGGGUUGGCCACAAUGUACGAGGCCAAAACUGGUGCGGAGUUUGGCGGUCUCGAAGAGAGGUACAAGGCCGCAGAAAAUAAAGCAAAGGCCAAGAAACGAGGAAUGUGGGGUGGCCAGCUCGAACACUUCGAGAGCCCCCGAGAGUAUAAGACUCGGAUGAAUUUGGAGGAGUCGACACCCAAACCCAAUGAUACCACCAACCCAUGAAGGAUGAAUUACGAUUUACGGUUUAUUCAUGCUUGCUAUUGCGAGUAAAUUAUAGAUAUGAUUUGAUGUAAAUUUGACUUGGACGAGUCGUCUCGGUCCUUUUGUUUCCUUUAAGCCUUGUGAAGCCUGAAGGCGAAUGCAAGAGUGGCAUUGUUUUCAAUAUUAUAGAUUUCUAUGUGAUAGUUAUAAAUGGCAUAUUUUUAUCGACCUUACGUCACCGAUGCAAUAGCUUUAAUGGAAAACAUUACGAUAU